GAAAGAACUCGACGAAAGAGUUAGGUGUAGCUGAAACGGGUGUGUGUGAAAGAAGAGACGAUAAAAUCGGAGAAGAAAAUGGAAUCUCAAAGAUCCAACAAGGCCACGUACGAUCAUCAAUAACUCACUUCUUCUUCAUUCAAUCUAGAAAGAGAGAGGAAUGAAGGAAGGAAGUUAAUUAGUAUCAGAUUUACAGAAACAGCUCACGAAUCACGAUCUCUACGUAUUCCAUCCGUCCCCCCACUACUCUCCCCCACACUAUUCAAUCAUGCCUUCCGGUGCCAAGAAGAGAAGGAAAGCAGCAAAGAAAAAGAAGACCAAUGGAACUCAACUUCAUGGAGAAGAUGAUGAUCUGGUUGUUCAUGAUGGAAAAGAUAGCGAUGGUGGUGAUGUUGGUUCUCCUUUGUCUCAGCAUCCAGAUGAUGAUCUCCAUGCGGCUUCUGUGGGUGGUGAUGAUGAUAAUGAUAAUGAUGAUGAUGAUGAUAAGGAGGAGGAAGAGGAAGAAGAAGAUCCUUCAUCUGUUCGAUCGAAUGUUGCUGUUGAGAAUGAACCACUUUUGGUUGAAAAUGGGGAAUCAACAGUCAAAGUGACGGUUGAGGAGGAAAUCCCUUUUGAAAACAGUGAAUUUGAAAACAAAUCAACAAAUCAAGAUCCGGAGAGUCUUGAAAACCCUAGUGGUGGUGAUGUUGAUGAUGAUGAUGGCAGUGACAGUAGUAGUAGUAGCAGCAGUUGCGAAUGUUCAGAUGAUGAAUCUCAUGCCAUUGAGAAGAAGAAGAACAUAGGGAUGGAAGAUAAAAUCAAGGCUGCUUUCUUGGAACUGUCUAAUCCAGUGCUGCUUGUUGAACAAAAAGAUGAAGAAUUGGCUGAAUCACCACCUCUUGAUCUUGAUCUGUCGUCUAAACCAGAUUAUUUGCCUGCUGAAAUCACUCAGGUUCGAUUGAGCAAUUAAAAAUUUGCUCUUAAUUCUCAGAAUCAUUCAUUCCUUUCCUUGCAUAAGAUUGAUAAACAAACUAUUGUUAAAUUCCUUAUAAUGCAGAGUAAACCGGUUUCUGAUGUAUCCAAUGUUAUCGACCUAGAGACAACUCCAUUGACAAGUGAUGAAUCGGUUGAGAUCUCGAAAGUAGAGAUAUUCCCGAUCAUUAACAACAACAAUGGUGAAAUCAUAUUAAAAGAAAAUGAGAUCAAAGUGGACAAGCAAGUUUCAACCACAGUACAAGAGACGACAACAGUUACAGCUACGGUUCUUCCAUCAUCAACCGACGUCUCUACUGCUGUUACAAACAAUGUCAAUGAUCAGCCACAGGCGGUGGUUACAACUCUAAAACCGACACAAAGAACUUCAAUGGCGAGCUGUUGUGGACUGUUUGAGCUAUUUACAGGCUCCAAUCGAUGAAAUGUGUUGGAAUGAGUGUUAUGAAGACUUGUGCUAAACUUUUUUUUGAGAAUGGAGAUGGUAGUUGCUUUAAUGGAGAGAAUACCCUAUACGGGUUAUUUCACGAGAAAUCUAUAAUUUUUAUUUUUUGUAGCGUUUUAUUUUUGCUUUAAUACGAAGGUUGGUUCGACUCAGGAAUUGUGGUUUACUAUAGACAGUGUUAUUUUCCAUUUUGUAUGGUGUGAUUGAUAUAUAAUAUGGUUGGUUAUAUUAGUUGAAGCUAUUUAGUU